AAAAAAAUUGACCUCGAUCAACUUAUCACGCCGACUCACUCCGCAAACUCAUAGAUCGAUAUACAUACUACAGUUGUGACCCUCGUCCUAGCAAAGCCACUUUUUCCCUUUAUUUUUUAAAACGUUGUCUGAGAUCUUGCAUAGUGUAUUUAUAUCGCGCAACUAUGGCGGGAAAGAAGGGCGGCGAAAACACGAAGAAGGCGGCGGGCAAUGCGAGAAAAGCCGAAGCUGCCGCGCAGAAAGAGGCGGCUGCAAACGCUAGAAAAGCCGAGGAGGAAGCUCGCGAAUGGUCGAAGGGAGCCAAAUCAUCUGCGAAGAAAGAGCAAGCCGAAACCAAAAAGGCCGAAGCAGCCCGUAAAAAAGCCGAACGCGAAGCCCAACUAGCCGCCGAAGAAGCCUCCCUCCCCUCCAAACCCAAAGGCGCCGGCGCAAAAUCCGCCUCGAAAAAGAACCUUCCCCGCGCCGGCACCCUUGAUCUUUCCCAGCUCGACGCCGACGAGAAACCCACAGGGCACAAAAAGGCCACCCCGGCCCUCAACGCCACUGGCAUCGACAACGCGCUCGACGCCCUCUCACUCACCACCUCGUCCGAGACGACCAAGAUCGACCGCCAUCCGGAGCGGAGGUUCAAAGCCGCAUACGCCGCCUUUGAGAGGCGCCGGUUGCCGGAGAUUGAGCAGGAGCAACCGGGCCUGCGGAGGCAGCAACGCAUUGAGGUUGUGCGGAAGGAGUUUGAGAAGAGUGAAGAGAACCCGUUUAAUCAGGCUACCGUUGCGUUUGAUGCGACGAGGGAGGAGGUGAUGGCUGUUAAGGAGGCGGAGAGGAGGAAGAUUGAGGGGCGGUUGGUGGGGAAGAGGGAUUUGUGAUCUUUUUUCUUUCUUUUUUCUUCUGGGUUUGUGUAUUUUCUUUCCUGCGGGUUUUUUGGGGACCGGGUUAGCGGGCACACUGUUUCCGCAUAUAAUUAUGGCGGGUUUUGCUUUCUCUCGUUUGGAAUGAAUGGAUGAAUGGUGAUGAUUGUUUGAUGAUCAUGGCAUGGUUCUAUGUAUUCAUGCAGACGAACAUGGGAUAAGCAGUACAUGAUUUUCCUCAUUCCAUUAUUUCAGGAUAGAUAUUUCUCCUCUCAAUUUUUUGUAUGGCAUAUAUACUGAUCUGAUGACUCGCAAUUAUGCCCCAAAACUUGUGUAUUGACUUUUUGAUUUCUAAGAUAGACUAAGUUCGAUAAAUCAACGGAGAAAUUUCUCUGAUAGCUUCAAAUGAAAAAAGAAAGAUUAGUUUGUCUAUGUUUAUUUAUGACAGUGAUUAAAUAAAGAGAUAUUAUGCUGUGUAAAAUCCAGCAGCAGG